AUGAAUCGAGCUAUUCGUGUAAUAAAGGAUUAUGCACGGCCAUACGUUUUCGGAAUGAUUCAUGUACCAGCAUUGCCAGGAACUCCAAUGAACAAGCUGUCCCUGCCUGAGAUUCUCGAAGUCGUCAAGAAAGAAGCUCUAAUUUACGCGUCCGCUCAAGUGGACGGAAUUAUAGUGGAGAACAUGCACGAUAUACCGUACGUGAAACCUCCGAUUGGCCCAGAAAUCGUAUCAUCCAUGACAUUGGCGUGCCAAGCGGUUUCUGUGGCUCUCAGUCAACAGAGAGAAAGGAUGCUGCUUGGUGUGCAGAUCUUGGCAGCUGGGAACAAGGAGGCUCUCGCUGUGGCCCACUGUGCAGGAUUCGAUCUGAUCCGUGCGGAAUGUUUCGUAUUCUCCCAUGUGGCUGAUGAGGGCUGGAUGGACGGCUGCGCUGGUGAGUUGCUCCGAUAUAGACGUUCAAUAGGAGCCGACUCCGUUGCCAUCGUAACCGAUGUGAAGAAGAAACACUCAUCCCAUGCCGUGACAUCCGACCUCUCCGUUGGUGAUGUUGCCGAAGCGGCAGAGUUCUUCCUCGCAGAUGGUGUAGUCGUGACAGGACGCUGCACAGGAGAAGCAGCUGAUGUUUCCGAUUUCGAAGCCGUUCGAAAACACUGCUCGUUGCCAAUAUUUAUUGGAUCAGGCGUCACCGCCUCUAAUGUUCACCAGUUUCGGAGUGCUGACGCUCUGAUUGUUGGAUCGGACUUUAAAAAGGACGGAAAGUGGAUGAACGAACUGGACGCGGACAGAGUGAAACAUUUUAUGAAUAGAAUAAACUCACUAGGAUAG